AUGGGAUAUACACCCCGGUUACCAGGUGGGCUGCUCAGUGGUGGCGAGAACGACAUUGCCGCUGCUGAUCUCCAAAGGAUUGGCGACCUUGAUGCCAGUCGGGCUAUGAGAAUGCGCAAGGCAGCAGCUUUUGCCUUUCACGAGGCAGACUGCUGGUCCGCGCCCUUGGCUGGAAGAAGGAAGUUCCAGAACUUCGAGGUGGGCCAGCUUGUCUACUACUGGCUUCUCCUCACGAACUUGCCCAGCACGGUUUGGAUCGCUCACGGCAACACCAUUAUCAAGGCAGCUCCCGAACGAGACGACGACCCCGUCGAUGAUGACGAGAUGAAGGACUACGAGCCCUCCGACAAUGAAGGCAUCGAACGUGAUCCUCCUGGCGAUCCUCCUGGUCGGCGAGUUCGGCGUAAGAUGACUAACUAUGCCAGGCCUGAUCUUCCUGACGAUCGCCCUUCAUCCGGCUCUGAACUGGCUCCUGAAGCAGAAGAGCUAGUUCCAGACCGCAAGCGAGAAGCGGAGAUGCCAGAAGCCGCUCCGCCUGAAAAGCGAUCGAGACUUGAGCUUCUGGAAGUCUACAACCUUCAGUUGCAGGCCUUAGCGAAACAGAGGGGCAGAAAGGAAGCUCGGGCUUCCGACUUCGUGGGUGCGGAUGCCUCGAGACUCCAAAGAGCCAUCAGCAAGGAGAUCCGCAACAACCUCUUGACAGGCGCCUACGAGCUCCUGUCGCCUCAAGCUUCGGAUCAGGUGCUCAAGCACAAGUCCGACAAGGUCAUGAACUCCCGCUACGUCUUGACCAAGAAGCCCCUUGAGCCUUUCGAGGUGGAUGGAGCGCGUGCCGAAGACAUUCUUCUUGAGGAUGAUGGUCUUGGUCCCAAAAGGCUCACCCAGUACUUCGGCUACCAGGUCAGUCAAUUUGGCAUCAUCGGCCUUGCCACGGACGACAUGAUCCAUGGCGGGGACGACGACCACUGGGCCAUUAUUGAAAAGAUUGCCACCGAGUACAAGCUGGGCAAGAACCAAAAGGGCCAGGGCAGGUUCACUGGAAAAGACAUCAAGUUGGAACUUGAUGGCUCCAUCAGCAUUCGCCAAGCGUUCUAUGUCAAGGACAAAAUGAUCAUCAACCAGAUCGCUCGCAAGCGCAAGCAACAGCGCUACUCGAAGUGCACAGCCGCAGAGAUCGAACAACUUCGUAGUCAACUUGGUGUUCUUUCUUGGCUGUCAAAGGAGACACGCUGCGACCUUGCAGGCAGAGUCGCACUCCUACAGCAAGCCUUUCCAGAACCACGAGUUGCUGACCUCAUCGAGGGCAACAAGAUCGCUGCUGAGGCUAUCAAGAAUGCCGAUCUUGGCAUUCGUGUGAUGCCCAUCCCCUGGGAUCAGCUUCGGGUCUCCGUGGUCACUGAUGCUUCCUGGGGCAACUCCAAGGACAAGCUUUGGCUCGAGGACAGUUCUGACGACUACUGGGAAGAAAUCGAAGCGGAGUGGAUCCGCCACCACGUCUCUCCUCGAAGGACCACUUUCCAUCCUGGAGCCUCACCUCAAGGACCAGAUCUUCAUCUCCUACUACCAGAACGUCGCACCGAGAUCUACAACGACCACGGCAAGAUUCUGCACACCGAGACGGUCAAGGACCAGUGGUGUGACCAAAAGGGGAUCAGGGUUCUAAGGGAGGAAGUCUGGUUUGGUAGGACUGUUUUCCUUAAAGCUGCUUCCAGCCAAGAAGGUGUUCCCGCUUCCAAGGUUCACGGAAGUCUUGUACAGCUUCAGAAUUUGUGCAGUCAGGCAGGCCAGAUUGUAAUUUAUCAUGACGCUAAGCUUGCCCAUUCUGAAGAGCCUUCCAUGACCACGGUGGCUUCGUGGCGUAGUUACAGGCUGAAGCGCAAGACUGUAGACACCCUGGCCGCCGGACUCGGUGCAGUGCACUGGCACCGUUUGCUUUUUCUUGAAGCCUUUCAUGGCAUGCUCAGCCUUGCAGAUUGGGGGCGAGAAACCAGCAAGCUUCCAUUCUUUGCUGCCGUUGAUUCCAAAAGUUUGUACGACGCUCUGAGCAAAUGCGCCAGUACAGUGGCGUAUGCCAGUGACAAGCGAACAGCCAUUGACCUGUCGAUCAUCAAAAGUGAUCUGGCAGACACCUGUGGAAAGAUUCGCUGGAUCGAUACUCGAUCCAUGAUCUCGGAUCCACUCACUAAGAGCCAUCCUGGUGAUUACUUACGUCAUGUUAUCCGUACGGGUUUGUGGGCUGUUGUCGAGGAGGGCCACGCCCUUCACAAAAAGGCUCUUGAACGUGAGCGGAGAUCUGAAUCCUCCUUCUUUUUAGUGCUUCGGGAAUAG